AUGGAAAAAGAAGACGCCGAUUACCUCGCCAUGCUCAACAACAAGACAAUCAACCCACCACCAAGUGAACAACAGCAAAACACGCAACAAAAUACUUCCCAUGCUGGAGAAUCCGCUACCCAGUUUCCAGCCUUGAUGGCUGCGCGCGACCAGAUCACCGCUCGAUCGAAGGAUCUCUCUCUCGUAUCCGAAACCGAUGCACCAUUCGAAUGGGUCAGUGCUGAUUGGAGCAGCAAUACGUUGCCUUCUGUACAACAACUGGUGGAACUUGGCUGGAUCGAUGAGCGUGUUACAGAAAAGACAAAGAGCAUAGACGAGUUUUUUGACAAGCUUACCAAGGGUGGUGAUCCUUAUGGCCAAGCGGAUCGUUUCCAAUCACUUUACGAAGCCAUUCAACAUGUAUUUGAAGGACAAGAAACCAAGGUGUACUUGUUGGGUGACCAAUCGAUCACGGUGCUUAUCUUGGGUAUCAUCAGCACCAAUGACGGCAAAAAGGCUCUUGCUGGUUUACGUAGCUUGCUAGUCGAGACGUAG